UAUAUAUAUAUAAUUUAAUUUUUUCUUCGUCUGGCUCCGGUAAUAUGAGUUGCCAUUAGCCAUUUUCUAGUUGUUUGUUAUUAAGCAGCCAUAUCUACUCUUAGAAAAAAAUAGUAAUGUACAACGAAAAUUGUUAUUGUAUUAAAUAUAUUUCGUUAUAAAAAAUUUGACCCUUUGCAUGAAGAUUUUUUUCUUCAAAACAAAAACAUUCAAAAUGAAUCCAUGGAAGCAAAAAAAUAAUAAUCUGUGCUGUACUAACAAAAUAAACUAUAUUAACCAUAGUUUACAACACAAAAAAAAAAUAUUUUUGUAUGAUUUCUGGCGCGAAAAGCACAAUAAUUAUAAUUAGUGGUUUUGUUUUUUACCUAAAUUUGUUUUUUAAAUUGAACUUGUUUUAUAUUUUAUAAAAAUAUGAAGAAUGUGUCGUCGGUGCAAUCUAAGAAUUUAUCCGAGUCUCCAAAAACUCCGGGUGGUAUUAGUAAAUCAUUGUUAACUCCUUGUAGAAGAGUAGGUCUAUCACGAAACUGGAGGAAAGGUGGAGUUUCGCCAUUUGUGUCACCGUUGACUACUGUACUAAUUGACGAUAGCCUAAAUAAAAUUGACAAUAGACCACAAAAAGAUACCAGGAAACGAAAAGCCCGUGACAGUGAGGAAUUACAAGAUACAGAUUUUACACAGCAUAUCAUAGAAACAAAUAAGGCCACAGAACAUAGUAAUAAUGUUAAUAAGACUCCAUCUAGAAGAAUAAACCUACAAAGACAUAAGAGAUCUAAAACUAUAUUAUCGGGAUUAACAUGUAAUACUGACUCCGACAGUGAUUUUGAAUUAAAAUCAAAGGAUAUCUUGGAGAAUAGUGAAAUAGUCAAAGAUAUGACUCAAAGAGAAGAAUUGGGUAAUUUAAAUAUACAAAUUGGUAACAAAACUCUAGAGGCCACAUGUUCUGAAAAUUCUGUUUGUAUUGAUUCUGUAAGUAAAUAUAUGCCAAGUUCUAUAGGAACAUUAUCUAAGCAAGAGAUGAUGGAAUCACAGUGCAAUGAAAAUUGUGUUGAUCCAAAGAGAAUAAUUAAUAUAGCACAUGAGACCAAUAUGAAUUGUAAAAAAAGUCCUGAAAAUUUAAUAAAAGAAUGUACAAUUGUUAUACAGAAGAAAAUAUUUAAACAUGAUGUAAAAAAAUAUAGAGAAGCAAACUCAACAUCACAAAAUUUAUUUGAUUCAGAUUCAGAUGAUGUUCCUUUAAGUAAUUUUUAUAAAGAUAUGAUUAUGCAAAAGAAGGUGCAGACCAAAGCUUUAAAUUUAGAAGAUGAUUUUAUGGAAACGAAUAAAGUUAUUGCAAAAAGAUGUGAAAAUAAGAAAUUGAACAUUGGCAAUGUAAAAAAACUUAUGAUUAAAAAUAAAAGUAAAGAAAAUACUAAAAACUGUAGAACACAAAAAAGUAAGAAACAACAGGAUGAUGCACCAUCUUCACAAAGUUCCUAUAAUGAUGAUGAUGACUUUGAAGUAAACAACAAAAGGACGAUACUUAUAAAAAAAACUUAUGAGAAAGCUUCAAAACCAAUAAAGGCAAAAUCAACUGGCUCUAUUACUCAGAAAGAUAUAGAUGAACUAAAGUCUCGUAUAGAGAUAAAAAAGAAGCUCUUACUAGCAAAAGCAACAGGUAAUGACACUAAAGAACUUCGAGAUUUAGUAAAAAAGUGGCAGAAGGGUUGUCAAAAUGCAUUAAUGGAACUCAUGGAACUUAUGAGAACAAAAGUUUCAGACAAACCAAACAUGGAAUAUUCUGAUAUGUUACAGAUGUUGAAAAUACCAGCUACAUUGGUUGGUUAUGAUUCUGAUAAUGACUGCUUUGUUACACCUGAUGAUUCAGCAAUUAUAUUAUCAAAGUUCAAUAAUUAAUUGAAUAAAUUCUUCAAUAAAUGUUACUUGUUACUAUAGUAUUUAAUUUUGCUUCAUCAACUUAAAAGGUUUAAAAUUUUGUUAUAGUUUUCAUAAACAUACAUUAUUACAUAAUAAUUAUUGUGAGAGACAUACAAAUAAUGAAAUAAAUAAAUAACUUGGGACUUAACACU